AUGUUUUUUGUAAUUAACCAUUCAAUUCCUGUUUUUGAGCUUUAUAAUGUAAUGUAUCAAGCUGCUAUGGUGUGAAGCAUUGUCCAUAUAAUAUAAUUAUUCCUACUUUAAUAACUACUCUUCAAACCAGUGUAGGAAGGUAUCUUUAUUCAGUAGCUGAUUAUGGUAAUCAGCUAGUUUGAUAUCAAAUAAUGUUAACAAUAUUAUUGUUAUUAAUCAAAUUAUAAAAAUCAAAACAAUAACAACAAACAAUCCCUUCCCUGAGUGACCCUGAGGCCUGAAAUGACAUUGACAAUUGACAUUUGAAUUUUGAAUUCUACGAACUGCGCAUGCGCAUCAAUCAGAAACCAGUGGUGGCGGCAAAAAUUUAAAUUUGGGGUAUUUGAGCUUCAAUUUGGGGGAAUUUCAGUUUAAAAGUGGGGGAUUUAGAAAAUCACAUCUGGCAACUCUGGACAGUUCAAUGGAAUCCCUAUUGGAAUGUCAUCUAAUAAUAAUUUAUUGUAGUUUUUCACUGAAAUUUGUUUUUGUUAUUGAAAUAAAUAAAACAAAAUGAAAUGGAUGUAAAGCAGGAGGUUACUGAAGAGACAUGUAAAGUGAAAGUAGAAAUAUAUAAUAAUGAGGUGGAUGAUGGUUUCUUGAAUAGCUGUAAAAUUGAAAUUCUGGAGGAACCCAAGGAAGAAAGCAUACAUGACACAUUUGUUUAUUCAGACUUGCAGGAAUUCCCUACAAAAAUUGAAGUAGAUCCCGAUGAAAACAAACUUAGACCAGUUGAAGAAAUAGAUGAAAAAGGUUAUCUCCAAAAUGAAGACAAAACGGAAAUUAUGGAGGGACUCAUUGAAGAUUCAUCUUGCAAAGGAAAUGACAUGAGUCGCCAUACUGAAGAGAAAACACUAAAUAAAAAUAUAAAGGUUGUCACCGGAAAAAGACGUUAUAAAUGUGAAAUUUGUUUUAAGCAAUUUGGUCAUUCAAGUGAUUUGAAAGUACAUUUGAGAGUGCACACUGGAGAAAAACCAUACAAGUGUGAAAUUUGUUUUAAGCAAUUUAGUCAAGCAGGUCAUUUGAAAGAACAUUUGAGAGUGCACACUGGAGAAACACCUUACAAGUGUGAAAUUUGCUUUACGCAAUUUAAACAAGUAAGUAAUUGGAAAGCACAUUUGGGAGUGCACACUGGAGAAAAACCAUACAAGUGCGAGAUUUGUUUUAAACAAUUUCGUCGAGUAGGUAGUUUGAAACAACAUUUGAGAGUGCACACUGGGGAGAAACCUGAAAAGUGUGAGAUUUGUUUGAGGCAAUUUAGUAGCGGAAGUCAGUUGAAAACACAUUUGAGAAUACACACUGGAGACAAACCUCAUAAGUGUGAAAUUUGUUUGAAGCAAUUUUCUCAACCAACUAAUUUGAAAGCACAUUUGAGAGUGCACACUGGAGAAAAACCUUACAAGUGUGAAAUUUGUUUUAAGACAUUUAGCGAAACAAAUCAUUUAAAAAGACAUUUGAGAGUGCACACUGGAGAAACACCGUACAAGUGUGAAAUUUGUCUUAAGCAGUUUCGUGAUGCAAGUAAUUUGAAAGCACAUUUGAGGGUGCAUACUGGGGAAAAACUCUUUGACCCACCCAGAUAACAAUAUAAACUUGUUUCAAACUUCAAACAAGUUUGAUACAUCCGUGCACCCAACAAGUGCAACCGUAAGCUUGCAGCAAAGUUGCUACAAACUUGAAUCAUCAUCUUUAGGUUUGUUCCAACACAACGAAGAACCAUCAUGUAACGAUCACCUUACUAGAUAAUUAACGUUCCGUUCGUUCCAUGUAGAGAUGUUGAAAAAGUAUCUAUUCGUUACAAAGUACUCGUUACUUACGAAUACCGAUAGUAACGAUUACUAUACAGAGAGGCAAAUCGUUACUUUGAUUACUCUGAUUACUUUUUUACACAAUACAAUCUGCUCUACUCGCUCUGAUACAAUCGUAUCAGAGCGAGUAACGGCUAUUAUAUCUACUUUGAUUACUUCGUACCAAUCGUUUUAGAGCGAGUAACGACUAUUGUAUCUACUUUGAUUACUUCGUACCAAUCGUAUCAGAGUGAGUAACGACUAUUGUAUCUACAACCAGUACACUUGAUUACUUUCUACCAAUCGUAACCCAGCGAGUAAAAACAGAUCGGUGAAGGUCGUUGUUAUAUCGGAAUACCUACCUACUGAGAAAUACGAUUCUCGAUAUGAUUACCGGUACUCAAAUACAAAAGUAACGAAAGUAAUCAUAGUAAUCAAAUCAUUUUUAUUUCUUCAACAGAUGGGUGAAGGUCGUUGUUAUAUCGGAAUACCUAUACAAAAUACCUACCUACUGAGAUAUAGUACGAUUUUCGAUAUGAUUACCGGUACACAAAUACAAAAGUAACACGGUAAUCAAAUCAUUUUUAUCCCUUAAACAGAUCGGUGAAGGUCGUUGUUAUAUCGGAAUACCUUUUCAAAAUACCUACCUACUGAGAAAUACGAUUCUCGAUAAUAUGAUUACCGGUACUACUCAAAUACAAAAGUAAUCAAAGUAACGAAUACUGUAAAUAAUUACUUUAUACAAAAGUAACGAUUUGUAACGAAUACUGGAAAGUAACUAUAAUCAACAUCACUAGUUCCAUGGGAACGAAAUAAUACGUUCCAUGGUACUGCGCAGGACGGUGAUCGUUACAUGGACGUUUUCUCGUUGUGUUAAUCUUUUGCCGUAACAAUAUUGCAGCAAACUUGUCACAAACUUGCCUCGUCAUAUUUGACGCAGCAAUGUAAAAUCAAAGAAGAAUCAAACUUGCCACAAGUUUACAUGCUAUCUGGGUAAGUGACCUUGAACUAAGAAAAGUAAUUAACUCAUCCCCAAGAUCAAUGACCCCCCCCCCAAAAAAUUGUGUAUCCGCCACUGGCUGUAGUGGUCCGUUCUGUUGCCGACCGAUUCGAUCUAAUAAGCGCAGACCUUUAAGCAAUAUUUGUGAAAAGUAUCUUAAAAUAACAUUUGAGAUUGCACCAUGAAAAAUUUUUAAUAGUCCUGCGCAGUAACAUGGAACGUAUUAUUUCGUUACCAUGAAACGUUAAUUUUAUAGUAACGUGAUCGCUACAUGACUGUUCUUCGUUGUGUUGGAACAAACCUAUAUUAUGCAACGAGCAUUUAAUGAUGAUCGUUAUGAUACAAGUAUGAGGGAAUGUCAUAGAAUACGAGCAUCAUAAUGACAAUUAAAUGCAAGUUGUAUACAUGAUUUUUCUGAUUACAAAAAAAUGUGCCGUCAAAUGGUGAAACAUUGGCCCAAUUUUUUUUUGUAAUAUUUGACUUGUAAUAAAGCACCUCUUAAUAUGUA